CAACCGCUUAGAUAGUCAAUGAACAGUGUGAAAUUCUGAAGGUGUAUGAACAUUGUCAAAAUGACAAAAGAUUUUUGAAUGUUAAGGAAAUAGCUUUGUGUUAAUGAUGCUUUUUUCUUUAGCUGAUUACACCGUGCCCAGAAAGGACGUAGUUUUUCUGCUCGACGGUUCAGAUGGCACUAGGAGUUCUUUUCCAGCAAUGCGUGACUUUGUGCAAAGAGUAAUGGAGAAAUUAAACAUAGAGGAGAACAGAGACCGAGUUUCUGUGGUUCAGUACAGUCGAGACCCAGAGGUCCAUUUCCAUUUAAAUGCAUACACAACGAAGGAAGACGUUUUAGACAGUGUGAGAGGUCUGAGACACAAAGGGGGGAGGCCCCUCAACACAGGGGCAGCUCUUCAACACGUUAAAGACAAUGUCUUUACUGCCUCUUCUGGCAGCAGACGACUGGAGGGUGUGCCGCAAGUGCUGAUUUUGCUAAGUGGGGGAAGGUCAUAUGACAAUGUUGACGCAGCAGCAUCCUCUCUGAAGGAAAUUGGAGUCUUGACCUUCGGAAUAGGAUCGAGGGGCUCUGAUAGCAGGGAAUUGCAGAGAAUUUCAAAUGACCCCAAGUAUGCUAUAUCUGUGUCUGACUUUAGUGAGCUUCCAAAUGUCCAACAGCAAUUGCUGGCCUCCGUAGAGACGGUUGCAAUACCCAUUACUACAACGUCACCAACUGUUACCGCUGACUACACAACACCCAAAAAGGACGUCGUUUUUCUGUUGGAUGGUUCAGAUGGCACUAGGAAUUCUUUCCCAGCAAUGCGUGAAUUUGUACAAAGAGUAGUGGAGGAAUUAAACAUAGCGGAAAACAGAGACCGAGUUUCUGUGGUGCAGUACAGUCGAGAACCAGAGGUCAAUUUCUAUUUAAAUGCCUACACAACAAAGGAAGACGUUUUAGACAGUGUGAGAGGUCUGAGACACAAAGGAGGGAGGCCCCUCAACACAGGGGCAGCUCUCCAGUACCUCAAAGACAAUGUCUUUACUGCCUCCUCUGGCAGCAGACGACUGGAGGGUGUGCCGCAAAUAUUGAUUCUCCUAAGUGGGGGAAGGUCAUAUGACAAUGUUGACACAGCAGCAUCCUCUCUGAAGGAAAUUGGAGUUUUGACAUUCGGAAUAGGAUCGAGGGGCUCUGAUAGCGGGGAAUUGCAGAGAAUUUCAAAUGACCCCAAGUAUGCUGUAUCUGUGUCUGACUUUAGUGAGCUUCCAAAUGUCCAAGAGCAGUUGCUGGCCUCAGUACACAUGGUUGCAGUACCCAUUGCUACAACGUCACCAACUGCUGAUUACACCGUGCCCAGAAAGGACGUCGUUUUUCUGCUCGACGGUUCAGAUGGCACUAGGAGUUCUUUCCCAGCAAUGCGUGACUUUGUGCAAAGAGUAAUGGAGAAAUUAAACAUAGAGGAAAACAAAGAUCGAGUUUCUGUGGUUCAGUACAGUCGAGACCCAGAGGUCCAUUUCCAUUUAAAUGCAUACACAACGAAGGAAGACGUUUUAGACAGUGUGAGAGGUCUGAAACACAAAGGGGGGAGGCCCCUCAACACAGGGGCAGCUCUUCAACACGUUAAAGACAAUGUCUUUACUGCCUCUUCUGGCAGCAGACGGCUGGAGGGUGUGCCGCAAGUGCUGAUUUUGCUAAGCGGGGGAAGGUCAUAUGACAAUGUUGACGCAGCAGCAUCCUCUCUGAAGGAAAUUGGAGUCUUGACCUUCGGAAUAGGAUCGAGGGGCUCUGAUAGCAGGGAAUUGCAGAGAAUUUCAAAUGACCCCAAGUAUGCUAUAUCUGUGUCUGACUUUAGUGAGCUUCCAAAUGUCCAACAGCAAUUGCUGGCCUCCGUAGAGACGGUUGCAAUACCCAUUACUACAACGUCACCAACUGUUACCGCUGACUACACAACACCCAAAAAAGACGUCGUUUUUCUGUUGGACGGUUCAGAUGGCACUAGGAAUUCUUUCCGAGCAAUGCGUGACUUUGUACAAAGAGUAGUGGAGAAAUUAAACAUAGCGGAAAACAGAGACCGAGUUUCUGUGGUGCAGUACAGUCGAGAAGCAGAGGUCAAAUUCUAUUUAAAUGCAUACACAACGAAGGAAGACGUUUUAGACAGUGUGAGAGGUCUGAGACACAAAGGGGGGAGACCCCUCAACACAGGGGCAGCUCUUCAACACGUCAAAGACCGUGUCUUUACUGCCUCCUCUGGCAGCAGACGACUGGAGGGUGUGCCGCAAAUAUUGAUUCUCCUAAGUGGGGGAAGGUCAUAUGACAAUGUUGACGCAGCAGCAUCCUCUCUGAAGGAAAUUGGAGUUUUGACAUUCGGAAUAGGAUCGAGGGGCUCUGAUAGCGGGGAAUUGCAGAGAAUUUCAAAUGACCCCAAGUAUGCUAUAUCUGUGUCUGACUUUAGUGAGCUUCCAAAUGUCCAAGAGCAGUUGCUGGCCUCCAUACACACGGUUGCAGUACCCUUUGCUACAACGUCACCAACUGCUGACUAUACAACACCCAAAAAGGACGUAGUUUUUCUGUUGGAUGGUUCAGAUGGCACUAGGAGUUCUUUCCCAGCAAUGCGUGACUUUGUGCAAAGAGUAAUGGAGAAAUUAAACAUAGAGGAAAACAGAGACCGAGUUUCUGUGGUUCAGUACAGUCGAGACCCAGAUGUCCAUUUCCAUUUAAAUGCAUACACAACGAAGGAAGACGUUUUAGAAAGUGUGAGAGGUCUGAGACACAAAGGGGGGAGACCCCUCAACACAGGGGCAGCUCUUCAACACGUCAAAGACAAUGUCUUUACUGCCUCCUCUGGCAGCAGACGACUGGAGGGUGUGCCGCAAAUAUUGAUUCUCCUAAGUGGGGGAAGGUCAUAUGACAAUGUUGACGCAGCAGCAUCCUCUCUGAAGGAAAUUGGAGUCUUGACCUUCGGAAUAGGAUCGAGGGGCUCUGAUAGCAGGGAAUUGCAGAGAAUUUCAAAUGACCCCAAUUAUGCUAUAUCUGUGUCUGACUUUAGUGAGCUUCCAAAUGUCCAAGAGCAGUUGCUGGCCUCCGUACACACGGUUGCAGUACCCAUUGCUACAACGUCACCAACUGCUGAUUACACCGUGCCCAGAAAGGACGUAGUUUUUCUGCUCGACGGUUCAGAUGGCACUAGGAGUUCUUUUCCAGCAAUGCGUGACUUUGUGCAAAGAGUAAUGGAGAAAUUAAACAUAGAGGAGAACAGAGACCGAGUUUCUGUGGUUCAGUACAGUCGAGACCCAGAGGUCCAUUUCCAUUUAAAUGCAUACACAACGAAGGAAGACGUUUUAGACAGUGUGAGAGGUCUGAGACACAAAGGGGGGAGGCCCCUCAACACAGGGGCAGCUCUUCAACACGUUAAAGACAAUGUCUUUACUGCCUCUUCUGGCAGCAGACGACUGGAGGGUGUGCCGCAAGUGCUGAUUUUGCUAAGUGGGGGAAGGUCAUAUGACAAUGUUGACGCAGCAGCAUCCUCUCUGAAGGAAAUUGGAGUCUUGACCUUCGGAAUAGGAUCGAGGGGCUCUGAUAGCAGGGAAUUGCAGAGAAUUUCAAAUGACCCCAAGUAUGCUAUAUCUGUGUCUGACUUUAGUGAGCUUCCAAAUGUCCAACAGCAAUUGCUGGCCUCCGUAGAGACGGUUGCAAUACCCAUUACUACAACGUCACCAACUGUUACCGCUGACUACACAACACCCAAAAAGGACGUCGUUUUUCUGUUGGAUGGUUCAGAUGGCACUAGGAAUUCUUUCCCAGCAAUGCGUGAAUUUGUACAAAGAGUAGUGGAGAAAUUAAACAUAGCGGAAAACAGAGACCGAGUUUCUGUGGUGCAGUACAGUCGAGAACCAGAGGUCAAUUUCUAUUUAAAUGCCUACACAACAAAGGAAGACGUUUUAGACAGUGUGAGAGGUCUGAGACACAAAGGAGGGAGGCCCCUCAACACAGGGGCAGCUCUCCAGUACCUCAAAGACAAUGUCUUUACUGCCUCCUCUGGCAGCAGACGACUGGAGGGUGUGCCGCAAAUAUUGAUUCUCCUAAGUGGGGGAAGGUCAUAUGACAAUGUUGACGCAGCAGCAUCCUCUCUGAAGGAAAUUGGAGUCUUGACCUUCGGAAUAGGAUCGAGGGGCUCUGAUAGCAGGGAAUUGCAGAGAAUUUCAAAUGACCCCAAGUAUGCUAUAUCUGUGUCUGACUUUAGUGAGCUUCCAAAUGUCCAACAGCAAUUGCUGGCCUCCGUAGAGACGGUUGCAAUACCCAUUACUACAACGUCACCAACUGUUACCGCUGACUACACAACACCCAAAAAGGACGUCGUUUUUCUGUUGGACGGUUCAGAUGGCACUAGGAAUUCUUUCCCAGCAAUGCGUGAAUUUGUACAAAGAGUAGUGGAGAAAUUAAACAUAGCGGAAAACAGAGACCGAGUUUCUGUGGUGCAGUACAGUCGAGAACCAGAGGUCAAUUUCUAUUUAAAUGCCUACACAACAAAGGAAGACGUUUUAGACAGUGUGAGAGGUCUGAGACACAAAGGAGGGAGUACCCUCAACACAGGGGCAGCUCUCCAGUACCUCAAAGACAAUGUCUUUACUGCCUCCUCUGGCAGCAGACGACUGGAGGGUGUGCCGCAAAUAUUGAUUCUCCUAAGUGGGGGAAGGUCAUAUGACAAUGUUGACACAGCAGCAUCCUCUCUGAAGGAAAUUGGAGUUUUGACAUUCGGAAUAGGAUCAAGGGGCUCUGAUAGCGGGGAAUUGCAGAGAAUUUCAAAUGACCCCAAGUAUGCUGUAUCUGUGUCUGACUUUAGUGAGCUUCCAAAUGUCCAAGAGCAGUUGCUGGCCUCAGUACACAUGGUUGCAGUACCCAUUGCUACAACGUCACCAACUGCUGAUUACACCGUGCCCAGAAAGGACGUCGUUUUUCUGCUCGACGGUUCAGAUGGCACUAGGAGUUCUUUCCCAGCAAUGCGUGACUUUGUGCAAAGAGUAAUGGAGAAAUUAAACAUAGCGGAAAACAGAGACCGAGUUUCUGUGAUUCAGUACAGUCGAGACCCAGAGGUCCAUUUCCAUUUAAAUGCAUACACAACAAAGGAAGACGUUUUAGACAGUGUGAGACGUCUGAAACACAAAGGGGGGAGGCCCCUCAACACAGGGGCAGCUCUUCAACACGUUAAAGACAAUGUCUUUACUGCCUCUUCUGGCAGCAGACGGCUGGAGGGUGUGCCGCAAGUGCUGAUUUUUUUAAGCGGGGGAAGGUCAUAUGACAAUGUUGACGCAGCAGCAUCCUCUCUGAAGGAAAUUGGAGUCUUGACCUUCGGAAUAGGAUCGAGGGGCUCUGAUAGCAGGGAAUUGCAGAGAAUUUCAAAUGACCCCAAGUAUGCUAUAUCUGUGUCUGACUUUAGUGAGCUUCCAAAUGUCCAAGAGCAGUUGCUGGCCUCCGUAGAGACGGUUGCAAUACCCAUUACUACAACGUCACCAACUGUUACCGCUGACUACACAACACCCAAAAAGGACGUCGUUUUUCUGUUGGACGGUUCAGAUGGCACUAGGAAUUCUUUCCCAGCAAUGCGUGAAUUUGUACAAAGAGUAGUGGAGAAAUUAAACAUAGCGGAAAACAGAGACCGAGUUUCUGUGGUGCAGUACAGUCGAGAACCAGAGGUCAAUUUCUAUUUAAAUGCAUACACAACGAAGGAAGACGUUUUAGACAGUGUGAGAGGUCUGAGACACAAAGGAGGGAGGCUCCUCAACACAGGGGCAGCUCUCCAGUACCUCAAAGACAAUGUCUUUACUGCCUCCUCUGGCAGCAGACGACUGGAGGGUGUGCCGCAAAUAUUGAUUCUCCUAAGUGGGGGAAGGUCAUAUGACAAUGUUGACGCAGCAGCAUCCUCUCUGAAGGAAAUUGGAGUUUUGACAUUCGGAAUAGGAUCGAGGGGCUCUGAUAGCGGGGAAUUGCAGAAAAUUUCAAAUGACCCCAAGUAUGCUGUAUCUGUGUCUGACUUUAGUGAGCUUCCAAAUGUCCAAGAGCAGUUGCUGGCCUCCGUAGAGACGGUUGCAAUACCCAUUAAUACAUUGUCACCAACUGUUACCGCUGAUUACACCGUGCCCAGAAAGGAUGUCGUUUUUCUGCUUGACGGUUCAGAUGGCACUAGGAGUUCUUUCCCAGCAAUGCGUGACUUUGUGCAAAGAGUAAUGGCGAAAUUAAACAUAGAGGAAAACAGAGACCGAGUUUCUGUGGUGCAGUACAGUCGAGACCCAGAGGUCCAUUUCCAUUUAAAUGCAUACACAACGAAGGAAGACGUUUUAGAAAGUGUGAGAGGUCUGAGACACAAAGGGGGGAGGCUCCUCAACACAGGGGCAGCUCUUCAACACGUCAAAGACAAUGUCUUUACUGCCUCCUCUGGCAGCAGACGACUGGAGGGUGUGCCGCAAGUGCUGAUUUUGCUUAGCGGGGGAAGGUCAUAUGACAAUGUUGAUGCAGCAGCAUCCUCUCUGAAGGAAAUUGGAGUCUUGACCUUCGGAAUAGGAUCGAGGGGCUCUGAUAGCGGGGAAUUGCAGAGAAUUUCAAAUGACCCCAAGUAUGCUAUAUCUGUGUCUGACUUUAGUGACCUUCCAAAUGUCCAAGAGCAGUUGCUGGCCUCCGUAGAGACGGUUGCAAUACCCAUUGCUACAACGUCAUCAACUGUUACCGCUGACUACACAACAACCAAAAAGGACGUAGUUUUUCUGUUGGACGGUUCAGAUGGCACUAGGAAUUCUUUCCCAGCAAUGCGUGACUUUGUACAAAGGGUAGUGGAGAAAUUAAACAUAGAGGAAAACAGAGACCGAGUUUCUGUGGUGCAGUACAGUCGAGACCCAGAGGUCAAUUUCUAUUUAAAUACAUACACAACGAAGGAAGACGUUUUAGACAGUGUGAGAGGUCUGAGACACAAAGGGGGGAGACCCCUCAACACAGGGGCAGCUCUCCAGUACGUCAAAGACAAUGUCUUUACUGCCUCCUCUGGCAGCAGACGACUGGAGGGUGUGCCGCAAAUAUUGAUUCUCCUAAGUGGGGGAAGGUCAUAUGACAAUGUUGACGCAGCAGCAUCCUCUCUGAAGGAAAUUGGAGUCUUGACCUUCGGAAUAGGAUCGAGGGGCUCUGAUAGCGGGGAAUUGCAGAGAAUUUCAAAUGACCCCAAGUAUGCUUUAUCUGUGUCUGACUUUAGUGAGCUUCCAAAUGUCCAAGAGCAGUUGCUGGCCUCCGUACACACGGUUGUAGUACCCAUUGCUACAACGUCACCAACUGCUGAUUACACCGUGGCCAGAAAGGACGUCGUUUUUCUGCUUGACGGUUCAGAUGGCACUAGGAGUUCUUUCCCAGCAAUGCGUGACUUUGUACAAAGAGUUGUGAAGAAAUUAAACAUAGCGGCAAACAGAGACCGAGUUUCUGUGGUGCAGUACAGUCGAGACCCAGAGGUCCUUUUCCAUUUAAAUGCCUACACAACGAAGGAAGACGUUUUAGACAGUGUAAGAGGUCUGAGACACAAAGGGGGUAGGCCCCUUAACACAGGGGCAGCUCUUCAACACGUCAAAGACAUUGUCUUUACUGCCUCUUCUGGCAGCAGACGACUGGAGGGUGUACCGCAAGUGCUGAUUUUGCUUAGCGGGGGAAGGUCAUAUGACAAUGUUGAUGCAGCAGCAUCCUCUCUGAAGGAAAUUGGAGUCUUGACCUUCGGAAUAGGAUCGAGGGGCUCUGAUAGCGGGGAAUUGCAGAGAAUUUCAAAUGACCCCAAGUAUGCUAUAUCUGUGUCUGACUUUAGUGAGCUUCCAAAUGUCCAAGAGCAGUUGCUGGCCUCCGUAGAGACGGUUGCAAUACCCAUUGUUACAACGUCACCAACUGUUACCGCUGACUACACCGCACCCAGAAAGGAUGUAGUUUUUCUGUUGGACGGUUCAGAUGGCACUAGGAAUUCUUUCCCAGCAAUGCGUGACUUUGUGCAAAAAGUAGUGGAGAAAUUAAACAUAGAGGAAAACAGAGACCAGGUUUCUGUGGUGCAGUACAGCGGAGACCCAGAGGUCCAUUUCUAUUUAAAUUCAUACACAACGCAGGAAGAUAUUUUAGACAGUGUGAGAGGUCUGAGACACAAAGGGGGGAGGCCCCUUAACACAGGGGCAGCUCUUCAGCACGUUAAAGACAGUGUCUUUACCGCGUCUUCUGGCAGCAGACGACUGGAGGGUGUACCGCAAGUGCUGAUUUUGCUUACCGCGGGAAGGUCAUAUGACAAUGUUGAUGCAGCAGCAUCCUCUCUGAAAGAAAUUGGAGUCUUGACCUUUGGGAUAGGAUCGAGGGGCUCUGAUAGCAGAGAAUUGAGGAGAAUUUCAAAUGACCCCAACUAUGUUAUAUCCAUAUCCGACUUCAGGGAGCUUUCAAAUGUCCAAGAGCAGCUGCUGGCCUUCGUACAGACGUAUGCAGAACCCAUUACUCCAACGUCACUGACAUUUACUGCUGAAUCUCAAGGACCCAAGAAGGACAUUGUCUUUGUGGUCGAUGGCUCUGAUGAUGUUGGCAGAGAGUUCCCAAUUAUCCAAGAGUUUAUGCGCAAAGUCGUGGAGAAUCUAAAUAUUGGUGAGAACAAGAUCAGAGUCGGUGUGGUGCAGUAUGCCGAUAAUCCAUAUGCAGACAUAUAUCUUAACUCCCAUAAGACCAAAGAAGGUGUUCUAAAUGGCAUCAAGGAACUCAGACAAAGAGGGGGGAGACAGCGCAACCUUGGUCGAGCCAUAGAUUUUGUUAGUCGGGAAGUUCUGACCUAUGGACGUGGUGGAAGAAAACAGGAGGGAGUUCCACAAUUCGUUGUAGUGAUUUCAGGUGGAAAAGCAACAGACAAUAUAAGAACAUCUGCAACAGCUCUGAAACAGUCAGGAAUUGUCCCAUUUGGAAUAGGGACAAGGGAAGUUGGCUCUCAGGAAUUGCAGGUUAUCUCUUAUGUUCCCAGAUUUGCCUUUUCAGUUGAUGACUUGCCUGGUCUUUAUACCGUUCAGGACACACUUCUCACUACUCUGACUGAACUAUCUAGUGACGAGUUAGCCAGGCUACGCCCUGUUUAUCCUACAGUACCAGUUGAAAUUCCACCAGUGCGUCCUGGAGAUAAGAGGGAUGUUGUGUUCCUGAUUGAUGGCACAACAAACAGGGGCAGUGAAUUCCCUCUAAUAAGAGACAUGGUUCAGCAAGUGGUGGAAAAAUUAGAUGUGGGUCUGAACAAUGUGAGGGUCUCAGUUGUGCAGUAUAGUGAUGAUCCAAAGCUAGAGUUUCUCUUAAAUCAGCACUCCUCCAAGGAAGAAGUUCGCCAGGCAUUACGAGCAAUGAGACACAAAGGUGGAAAUCAGCUUAAUACUGGACAAGCUCUGGAAUUUGUCUCAAGGAACAUCUUUCAAAGAUCUGCUGGUAGUCGUUUAGAGGAGGGUGUUCCCCAGUUUCUCAUCCUGGUGACCGGAGGAAAGUCAAGUGAUGAUGUAUCUGGUCCUGCCAGACAGCUGAAGUUAGGUCGUGUUGCCCCCUUGGUAGUUGGAGCACAUACUGCCGAUGCAGAGGAACUAAAACAAAUUUCAUUCCAUCCAGAACUAGCUUUCACAAUCAAAAACUUCAAUGAGCUUUCUAGAGUAGAGCAACAGCUUUUGAACAAAGUCAGAACCAUGACAAGUAAAGAAAUUUCUGAACCCCCUCUACCUGCAGACCUCAGUCUUGGUAAAAAGGACAUAAUAUUCCUCAUUGAUGGCUCUGACAGUGCUGAACCAGAUGAUGUUGCUCACAUUCGUGACUUCAUCAUCAAAGUGGUGGAAAGGCUUAAUGUGCAUCCUGACCAAGUUCGUGUGGCUUUGGUACAGUAUGCACAAAAUCCUAAAACUGAAUUCUCUUUGAUCUCUCACAACAACAAGCAGUCCGUUCUUUCUGCAGUCAAGAGAUUACGUCAAAUGGGUGGACGUGGCAGCGACCUGGCUGCGGCUAUAAAUUAUGUGAUUAACAAUGAGCUCAAACCUUCUGCUGGGGUACGCCUAGCAGAGGCUUCCCAGCAUUUGGUGGUGCUCACUGGUGGAAGGUCUACCUCUGAUGUAUCUAGAUUUGGUGAUCUUCUCAAAAACCAACGGGUCAACUGUAUAGGUAUUGGAUCUCAGAAAGCAGAUCCAGGACAAUUGAGACAGAUUACAACAACCACUGAUGACGUCCUGCAGGUGGAUACUUUCCCAAAUCUUUCAAACCUACAGAGCCAGUUUAUAGCCAGACUUAAUGGUUCGAUUGCAGCGGUGCCUACCAUAGGUCCGUACUUCCCAGACCUGCCAAAGUCUAAGGCUGCUGACAUUGUCUUUUUGAUUGAUGGUUCAAUUAAUCUUGGCAAGGCUAAUUUCAAAGAGGUCAUGGAAUUUGUUAGCAGUUUAAUUGAUACCUUUUGGAUGGAGAGAGACGACAUUCGAAUUGGUCUUGCACAUUAUGCUGCAGAUGUGACAGAUGUCUUCUACCUAAAUACCUACGAAAAUAAGGAUGACAUCGUAAGCGCCAUAACCCGAACAGAAUACAAGGGAGGUCGAGAAAUUAGAACAGGCAAUGCCAUCCGCCACGUUCAGCGAGAACACUUUGUCAAAGGAAAAGGCAGCCGGAAAGAUGAGGGCAUUCCACAGAUUCUGAUGGUCAUAAAUGGGGGACGGUCAAAGGAUGAUGGUCAGUCAGCAGCACUAGCUCUUAAAGGCACUGGUGUGCGCAUCUAUGCUGUUGGUAUAGGUGACAUUGAAGACGAGCUCAAUAAUCUGGCCAGUGAGACAACUACAGUUGCCCGAGCCAGCACUUACCAAGAACUAUCUGAGCUGACUGAGCUGAUUUUGCAAGCAUUUGAUGAUGAAUUGAAAGGAGUGAAACUCUGUGUUACAGCACCGGAAGGUGAAAGAGAAUGCAAGUUGGAGGUUCUUUUGGGAUUUGAUGUGGCUUCACAGAAAAUCUUUGCCGCUCAAAGAUCAUUAGAGUCUAAGAUGACUGCAAUUAUCCAGCGCAUUAGCCAGAUGCAAUCUGUAAGCUGCAGUUCUGGCCAGGUACCCACAGUACAAUUGGGCAUACAUGCAAUGGACUCUGCCUCAGAACCUACUCAUCUGGACUUUACUGAUAAAUACACAGAGCUUAUUGAGACCUUUAAGGCCCUCCACAACCGUGGACCUUUUGUUAUGAAUGCAGCCACAAUCAAUGGUUAUAUUGACAGAUUCAAGGGUCGGCCUACAGACAGUGUCAGGGUUGUAAUCCAUUUGACUGAUGGAUUAGAUACCCAGUAUAACAUUCUGAAAGAGCGAGUUGAACAGAUGCGUGUAGCUGGUAUUAAGGGUUUCAUACUUGUUGGUCUGGAGAGAGUUCAACGCUUUGAAGAUGCAACUCUUUUGGAAUUUGGCCGUGGCUUCAGGAACACACGACCUCUGCGUGUCAACCUCAUGGACCUGGAUUAUGAGCUACUGGAAGAACUGGACAACAUUGCUGAGAGGGAAUGCUGUUCUGUUCCAUGCAAGUGUACUGGUCAAAGAGGGGACAGAGGAGUGGUUGGACCUGCUGGACCAAAGGGUAUGCCUGGUGGUCAGGGCUUCAGUGGACAUCCUGGUGAUGAAGGUGGACCAGGAGAGAGAGGUCCACCUGGUGUAAAUGGAACUCAAGGCUUCCAAGGAUGUCCAGGCCAAAGAGGCGUUAAGGGAUCUAGGGGAUACAAUGGUGAAAAGGGUGAAACUGGAGACAUUGGUUUAGAUGGAAUCAAUGGAGAGGAGGGAACAAGUGGAGUUGCUGGACCUCCAGGAGACAGAGGAAACCCUGGACAAAGGGGACCUAAAGGAGCCAAAGGCCAGGCAGGAGAUAUUGGUCAGACUGGGAUCCAUGGUGAUCCAGGAACACCAGGAAGAGAUAACACCCAGAGGGGACCGAAAGGGGAUCCAGGCGAUGCUGGCCCAGCGGGAGAAGCAGGGGUGGAUGGAAAUAAAGGAGAUCCUGGUGAACCAGGCAGGCGGGGCUCUGAUGGUAGAAGGGGGUCUCCUGGUCAACCUGGUCCUGCUGGAAAACCUGGUGCUGAUGGUUUAGCAGGAGAACCAGGAAUUGGAGGAUCUCGGGGUCCUGCUGGACCAAUUGGAACACCUGGUGCUAGGGGAGAGGAUGGAAACCCCGGUCCAAGGGGCCCAGGGGGACUACCAGGAUCUGCUGGAGAAAAGGGCAGAAGAGGUGCUCUCGGCCGUAAGGGUGAACCAGGGGAGCCAGGACCUAAAGGUGUUGUGGGACCCCUAGGACCCCGUGGGGAGCCUGGUGAUGAUGGACGUGAUGGGUUUGGUAUACCUGGUCCAAAAGGAAGAAAGGGUGAUGAAGGUUUCCCUGGUUUCCCUGGUCCAAAGGGUGCAGCAGGUGACUCUGGUUCAAAGGGAGGACCUGGACGUAGAGGAAACAAUGGCCAACGGGGUACCUCAGGAGGGCCUGGUGGGCCUGGUCAGGAGGGAGAAAUUGGAUACCCAGGACCCUAUGGCCUGAAAGGACCCAGAGGACCUGGUGUGGUGCAAUGUGAACUGGUCAAGAAAAUUAGGGAUAACUGUCCCUGCUGCUAUGGGGCUCAGGAAUGUCCCCUCUACCCAACUGAGUUGGCCUUUGUCCUGGAUGCAUCAGAUGGUGUAACAUAUACAAUGUUCAACAACACACAGGAGACUGUCCUACGUCUGGUUAAUGACAUUACUAUUUCUGAGAGCAACUGUCCACGAGGGGCGCGUGUUGCUCUAGCACUCUACAACGAUAAAGUGACAACUGAGAUCCGCUUUGCUGAUGCCCUGAAGAAGCGAGCGCUUGUUCACCGACUUCAAGGGCUUCAGUCUCUGCAGAACCGUAGAGAGCGAAAACUGGAGACGGCCAUGAACUUUGUUGCACAGAACACAUUCAAGAGAGUCCGUAGUGGCUUCCUUGUUCGCAAAGUUGCAGUUUUCUUCGUCGGUGGCGCGAUCACUAUGACAAAGGAAUUUAGUGACGCUGCUCUCCGACUCUAUGAUGCUGGAAUUUCUUCUGUUUUCCUUCUAAACCGUGAAGAUCGUCCGCUUAUCAGAGCCUUGAAUCUUAACAACACCGCACUAGCUCAGGUUAUGGUCCUGCCCCAAUUUGGAACUGCUGAAUACAACAGAGUUAUUAAGAAGAUCAUGACCUGUCAUAUCUGCCUGGACUUCUGUGCCCCGGAUGCGAGUUGUGGCAAUGUCCCUUCACGUGGGGCCAGAGACCGGAGGGAUUCCACCACUGACUUGGACAUCGACAUGACCUUCAUUGUGGAUAGUUCUGAAACCACCUGGCCUUCUGUCUUUACAGAUAUUAAGCAAUACGUGGCUCAUAUGGUAGAGCAGUUGGAGCUGUCCCCUGAUCCAGCCAUCACUACCCAUCACGCUCGAGUGGCACUUGUCCAGCAUACUCCUUACGAAUACUUGAACAAUGGCAGCGGCAUUCCCAUCAGCGUGGCCUUUGGCCUGACAGACCUUAAGUCUGCAAACAGCAUCCGAACCUUCCUGAUGGAGAAAGUGCUUCAGCUGGAGGGAGGACGGGCACUUGCAGCCGCACUUGAAGGCACUGUGGAACAUGUGCAUGAAAAGUCACCAAAUCCCCGUCACUUGAAGGUAUUAGUUCUGAUGGUGACCGGUCCAGUAGAAGUGGAUGGGCAGAGGAUAUUACAAGCCUCCGUUGAAGUUAAAUGCAAAGGGUACUUCAUUGUGGUAAUGGCAGUUGGAAAGCGAUUUGGGUCAGGUGAUGUCAGUGUCCUGGCUCAAGUGGCAAGUGAACCUUCGGAUGUGUUCUUUAAGAGAGUGGAUGGACCAUCAGGCUUCUAUGAUGACCAUAUUCAGACUUUUGCCAAACUGUUGCCCAAGUACCUCGGACUUGAAAAUGCUUUCUACCUGUCCCCUGAAGUAUCCAAAAAGUGCCAGUGGUAUCUGAGUGACCAGCCACACAAAACUCCAUUCAAUUCACCACAAGUACAUGACAAACAGCAAAAGCAUCAUAAAGAGCAGGAGGUUCAUGACAGAAAACAUAAAGAAAUGGGUAUGGAGGAACUGCAUCUGGUUAACGUCACCUCAAGUGGAUUCUCCUUACAAUGGUUGAGCGGCGAUUCAAGGGCCACCCAUGAGGUUACAGUGACUCGACUGAAAGAUCAUAGUCUGGUGUUGAAAAAGAACGUGACGGGCAGCCUUCUCUCCGUCAGUGAGCUGGAGGCAGCUCAGACCUAUCAUGUAAUAGUCAACACUCGCGAUGUCAGCGGUCAUGUCGCCAACACCUACAAAGGCAUUGUUCCCACAAAAUCAGCCGAGAAGAAGGUUCUUACUGUCAGUGAAAAGCAGAUUGCGCCUACUGCACCACCUAGUAAACCAGAAACGAAAUCAGCACAAAAGGAAGUCCCUAAAGCCAGUGAAUCUACCGCACCCUUGAGUCAACCAGAAAUUAUUGUUUUAGCCGAUUCAGUAGAACAGAAGAUUGUUAAUAUUAGUGAAAUGAUGGCAAGUGAGUCCACCGCACCCUUGAGUAAACCAGAAAUUAAAUCGGCAAUGAAGGUUGUCACUCGGGUUGAAGUGAGGGGAAGUGUAUCCACUGCACCCUUACAUAAAUCAGAAAUUAAAUCAGCAGACCAUAAGAGUCCUGCUCAAAGUAGGGCGAUGGGGAGUGUUUCCACCGUGCCUUUAAAUAAGCCAGAAAUUAUUAACAAACUUACGGAUCCAUGCUCACUUGACUUUGACAUUGGAGAACAAUGCAACAAAGACUUUGAAGCUAAGUGGUACUUUGACAGAAAGAAUGGAUUCUGUGCACAGUUCUGGUUUGGAGGUUGUGGAGGAAAUGAAAAUAGGUUUGAGAGCGAGGCAGAUUGUCUGAAACGCUGCAUGAAGACAGGGGCUGACGAAAAAGUUGGUUCCAGAACUGCCCCGGCUCCAGCUGCCCUGCACUUAAAUGUGGAUAUCUGCAAGCUACCAAAACAAGAAGGCACCUGUGCCAAAUUUGUGCUGAAGUGGCAUUUUGACCCACUAAGUGGAUCUUGUACCCGCUUCUGGUAUGGAGGCUGUGGAGGAAACCAGAAUCGAUUUGAUACACAAGUUGAUUGUGAAAAGGCCUGUGGAAAACCAGCACCUGUUAAACAUGGAGCCAUUUCUGCGGUUAAAACAUAGAAACUAAUAAAGACUGUUAGUUAACUGCUGACAAUGCUCAGAGGAUACAGCACCUAGAACCAGAAGCUUCACCAAAGCCAAGAUGCCUGCACUGGAUUCUGCCAAAGGAUUUGAUCCAAAGAAAACCUUGAAGUAGUAUUGUUCACAAAAAAAGUCAAACAAGUUUAUAUGUUUUGAGCUGGUGCUACAGUCUUUUUGUUUUAUUUUUCAUGUGUGUAGGGGUUUUAGAGGAAAAACCCAAUGUAAAUGUCCAGGGCAAAAUAGCUUUUUUUUAAAAAGUGUUAUUCUGUUUUACUCAUGUGGUUUUAGUUUCAUAGACGAAAUGUUGUGGGAAUAUCUUGAUCAAAGCAUAUCAAUAAAUCUUUGUAGUUAUGAGAGAGGUUAAUAAGAGUUUUGUUAAAUUUUAGUAAAAUGUUAAAUUACUUCAAGCCCUUUAUUAAGCUUUCACUGCUUAGAAGGAAGAAUCUUAAUUGCUCUUCAUGGUCAAACCGCUGGAGCCAUCCACCGACAAAAGAUGAAGAUGAAUAUAAAAAAUCCCAUGUUUGCACAUCUAAAUUAGGCAAAAUUACGAUCAUCUGUUUAGGCAAUGAAUUAAUCUUUUUUUUUAAACAGAUGCACUUGAAACCAUUGCCUUAUAAGUUUUAGUUUAAAGAAAUUGGAAUGUACUUGCCUAGCUGUAUUUUGAAGGGUGUUUGGGUGGGGGGCAUGGAUUUUAACAUUCUAGGCCAUUUGGAAAUGGGAAGAUAUAAAUAAAUUAGUCUUUAUAUAAAA